ACCCCGCCCAGAGCGGUGCCGCUGCCCAAAUCCUCACAGGCAGCUCAUCACGGCACUUGCGGCUCCGGGUAGAGAGGCCCGACCUGCACGCCCCGGUGUCUGUGUGUCCGUCUGCAGGCGGCCUGCGGGUGGCACCUCUCCCUGCCGCGGCCCCCCGGCCCCCCAACCCCCCCAUCGGGAGCCCCACCCAGCAGGAGCGCAGCUCUUCCGCACAGCCCCGGAGCUCAGCAUGCGUCCCGCCGCCUUCAGGAACUUCUUGCUGCUGGCGUCCUCCCUUCUCUUCGGGGGGCUCUCAGCUGUUUCCCAGAGCUUCUCGCCAUCUCUGAGGAGUGCGACUGGUGCCGCGUGCAGGCUGUCCCGGGCUGAGUCGGAGCGCCGGUGCCGGGCGCCCGGGCAGCCCCCAGGGGGCGCUCUGUGCCACGGCCGCGGCCGGUGCGACUGCGGGGUCUGCAUUUGUCACGUGAACGAGCCCGGCGUGUACUUUGGGCCCCUGUGUGAGUGCCACGAGUGGGUGUGCGAGACCUACGACGGGAGCACCUGCGCAGGCCAUGGGAAGUGUGACUGUGGCAAGUGCAAAUGUGAGGAAGGUUGGUUUGGGGAAGCGUGCCAGUACCCAACUCACUGUGACUUGACGAAGAAAAAGAGUAACCAGAUGUGCAAGAAUUCUCAAGAUGUCAUCUGCUCUAAUGCAGGUACAUGUCACUGUGGCAGGUGUAAGUGUGAUAAUCCAGAUGGAAAUGGCCUCGUUUAUGGUAAAUUUUGUGAGUGUGACGAUAGAGAAUGCAUAGACGAUGAAACAGAAGAAAUAUGUGGAGGCCAUGGAAAGUGUUACUGUGGAAACUGUUAUUGCGGGUCUGGUUGGCAUGGAGAUAAAUGUGAAUUCCAGUGUGAUAUCACCCCCUGGGAGAGCAAGCGAAGAUGCACAUCUCCAGAUGGCAAAAUCUGCAGUAACAGAGGUACUUGUGUGUGUGGUGAGUGUUCUUGCCACGAUGUUGACCCAACUGGAGACUGGGGAGAUAUUCACGGGGACACCUGUGAGUGUGAUGAGAGGGACUGUAGGGCUGUCUAUGACAGAUACUCCGAUGACUUCUGUUCAGGUCAUGGGCAGUGUAAUUGUGGCAGAUGUGACUGCAAAGUAGGCUGGUAUGGGAAAAAGUGUGAGCACCCACGUUCCUGCCCACUGUCAGCAGAGGAGAGCAUCAGGAAGUGCCAAGGAAGCUCCAAUCUGCCUUGCUCUGGAAGGGGUAAAUGCGAAUGCGGCAAGUGCACCUGCUACCCUCCGGGAGACCGCAGGGUGUACGGCAAGACGUGUGAGUGUGAUGACCGCCGCUGUGAAGACCUGGACGGUGCCGUCUGUGGGGGCCACGGAACCUGCUCCUGUGGUCGCUGCGUGUGUGAGAGAGGCUGGUUCGGGGAGCUCUGCCAGCACCCGCGGAAGUGUAACCUGACGGAGGAACAAAGCAAGAGUUUGUGUGAGUCAGCGGACGGCAUACUGUGCUCGGGGAAGGGUUCUUGCCACUGUGGAAAGUGCAUUUGCUCUGCGGAAGAGGGGUAUAUUUCCGGAGAACUCUGUGACUGUGACGACAGGGACUGUGACAAGCACGACGGCCUCGUUUGCACAGGGAAUGGAAUCUGUAAUUGCGGGAACUGUGAGUGCUGGGAUGGAUGGAACGGAAAUGCAUGUGAAAUCUGGCUUGGCACAGAGUAUCCUUAACAGUUACAUAGGAGAGGACUGGAGUCUUUCCUUUUCCAUUAGAACAAUAUAAAUGCAAAGGCAACCCUAUAUAAUCACCACUAGGACAGGUCAAAGAGACUAUUGUAUGUUUUUCUGUUUCUGAAUGCCUGCAUGAAGUCCGGGUCCCUAUUAAAAAAUGAAUUAAGCAAAGUCUGAUGUAAAUAACGCCAGAAAGAAUGUCUCUUCCAGAAUUUACAUCAGUGGUUCUCAACAAGGGUGACUCUGCCAUCCGGAAAACACUUGGCAAUGUGUACAGUUUCAAUCGUCACACUGGGUGGGAUGGGAGGGCAUGCUACAGGCCUCUAAUGGGUAGAGGCCAGGGAUGCUGCUUAAACAUCCUACGGUGCCCAGGACGGCCCCCAUGACAAAAAGUUAGCGGACUCCAAUCGUUAAUAGCGCCGGAGUUGAGAAACGUUGAAUUACAUGGUCCUUAGACAUGCAUAUCCCUCACAAGAAAGACCCCAUGAGAAUCUAAGGAAAUACCCUCACAUAAAUCCAUCGAUCAUAUUUUUUUGCAGGAAUCCCUGUCACUCAGCAUUUCUCUGUGGGGACAAUAAAGACAGGCACACAUAAGGGAAAAUGUCAGGGGGCGGGGGAGGUGGGGGGCAGAGGGCGGAUCACCAGUGCUUUUUAAAGAAAAAGACUGGUCAGUUUUAGCCAGUAAGUCAUUCGUCUGAUCUCACUUUAAACUCACAAAAGAAGAUUCUCUCAGGAAGGAAGUAUGAAAAAUGUACAGUUUGACAUUUUUAAUAAAUAGUUACGUAAGUUGCUUACAAUCUGCGUCAAUAUAUAUUUGCCUACUGCUGAUUAACAACAACACAAAAUGAAUUGGUAUUCAGGGGCACCUUACGUUCCUAGAUCCCUUUUUAAACUGGGCAGGGGUAGGAGUAUAAGCUCUUUGAUUUUUCACUAUUUAAAUUAUUCCAUGGUAACUUGCCUUUUAAAAAGACAGUAUCUAAUUGGACCUACGAUGGGCCUGAAAUAUGCAUUCAUUUCCCUUAAAAGACUCUUAUUUCUAAGGACACAUUAUUUACUGCAAAAGUAGGGUCAUGCCAAGAAGUCAAGAAGAGAUACUGUGAUCAAAUGACGCCAGUCUCAAAGCUCAAAGGGUUAAAAAAAAAUCUAGAAAUGUGUUAAGUAGAAAUUACAAAUAUUCACUCAGCGAUAGGAACAAAAUGUUUAUUUUCUUAAUGGUGAAAUUUUGCUCUGUAUGAAAUUCACAUUGAAUUAUGAAAAUGUACAAUAAUUAGGACUUCCCUUACAUAUUUACAGUUAAAUCUACUUACACACAUUAGUUUAGGCAACCGUUAAUUAUUUGGAGCUAAAAAAACCCAUUUUUUUUCUAAAUGCGAAUUAUAUUUUGUAAAAUCCUAGAAUAAUGUAACAAAACCAUUUUUUCCGCAUUGUUUAAGAUGAAAAUUUUUACUUGGAAAUUUUACUUAAUGAUGUAAAUAUUCUAGAGUCAUGGCUUGGACUUUAUAAGUCAAGUCACCAGAAAUAAGGAAAAUACGCAUCUGCCGAGUUACUUAAAAAUUUAAUAUUGAAAAUUAUUUAGGAGAAAGUUUAUCUGAUGCCGACUUUUAUAGUACUAAUAGUGUUCUCAUACUUUAAUAGAUUUAUAAAAUUGUUAUCUCUAUCCUGAGAUUAUGGAGUGCAACCGUAUUAGUUGUAUCUCUUUUGUUGAGUAUGUCCGUUGAUAUAUCGGUUUUGUAAAAUGAGGGAAAUAGAAGCAGUUGAGAAAUAAUAUAGAGUAUAUUCUUUCCUCCUCUCUAUCUAAUUGUUUUAAGCCUCACACCAACCUGUUGUAAUUGUUCAGCAGCACUUUUGAUGACUCGAUGAUGCACCAUCAUCAGAAUUCCCUUCAUUAUCUAGAAGCCAUCGUAUACAAACGACCUUCAGCUUCCCCUCCUGCAGAACUCUGCUUUCUAUAAAGGACCAGAGUAAAUAUUUUAGACUUUGUGGGCCACAUACAUCUCUGUUGGAUCUUCUCUGUUUGUUUUUAAUACUUUAGAACUAUAAAAGGGAAAACAGAAAGCAAACUCGUUCGGAGCUCAUGGGCAUUUUUACAAAAACAGACUGUGCUCGAUUUGGCUCCCAGCCUUCUGGCAGCAUUUUGCCAACCUGAGCUCUCCUGAAGCUGCCCUUAAUUUCCUUUGUCUUAUCCUGGAAUCCUGGGUGUGUCUUAUUUUUCUUGCGGUUCUCUACGUUUGUUAUCCCUUUUGUUAACAACUACAAAGAAAGGGCUUCUCUUUUUAUAUUUUCAUAUAAGAAAAGUGUCCUCAGCAUUUACUUUUUUUAGAGAAAAGUUUUGAGACAGAGAAAUUAUACUAGAAAGUUCGCAAUGUGAUUUAUUCAAAUUUUUUGACAAGGCUGAAAAUAUAUGACAGUCAGUUAUCUCCUGGGUUGAUUUAGCCACAAGUUAUUGAACUGAAACUGAGUUAUAGAAUAAGUCACCUGGUACCUAAUCGCUAAUGAAUAUUUUUCUUUUAAAACAGAAAUAGUUUCUUUUUACUUCUGUCUGCUAUAAUAUUUCGUAUGCAUGUAUAUGAAUUUGACUGUAGCAAGGCAAUCAUCAAUAGACCUAUUAAGAAGUUAUUUAAUUUACAUGUUUAAGUUGGAAAAAAUAAAAUACGGUUACAUGUAAAGAGGUAAAUCCUACCCUUCUUUGAUGUGAUUUUGUAUUUUAACUUUUAAUUCUGUUACUGAGGUAAAAAACUCCCUCUUUCAAAAAAAGGCAGGGCAGGAACAGACUUAUAGUAGGGGAAGGGUAAAUGUGCGAAGCUCAUCGGCUCGUUCAAGUUCGUGUGAAGUUAUGGGGAGAUUAACGUCAGUUGGGAAGGAUGCGACAUGUCUGCUGCUGGUGUUGGCCCUCACCCUGCUUGUUGGCACACCGUUACUGAGGAAUUCUUCCACAAGGACUUUUCAGUAAAAUUCAGCUAAGGUCCUAAGACCCAGGAGGCUAAUAAUUAUACCCCAUUUUCUCCCAGGACCCCUUGAGCUCAUCUAGAUUCCUGCAGCACCUUGAAAGGAAUGGCCUCCACCACUUCAAAUGCAAACACAAUCUUUGCCAGCAAACAUCAGGAUCAGACAGAAUGAUAACUGAGAAAAAAAAACAAAACGAAUCACCACUCAGCCUUUGCUUACAGACUCACUAUCAAUCUCUGAAGCCCCACCCAGUAUCCAAGAGUCAAUAGGCCUUGUGUGCCCCCUUGUAAGCUAAGAAACUUAAGCUAGGAAAUGUAUUUUACUCCAAAGUAACACCGUUUGCGACUGGAUGUUGGUAUGUCUGUGUUUAGCCAAUUGCUUUCCCUGGAAAUAGUCUUGUUCUUAAAUACAAUCGAAAAUAGUUUUCAAUUAUUUUAUUUCCUCCUAAAAUGGAUUUCUUAGUCAAUCUGGUCUCUCCUUCAAACAUUAGUUCUCCCUGUAAUAUUAGGAAUAAAACCUUAAAUGAAGUGAUACAUGUCUAACUUAA